AUGCAGAAAGUUGAACCAACCCAAACCUUUUCAAAUCACCAAGUGAAUAACACCUGCUAUGAUCUUCUACCCGUCUUGGUUGAAGAUCAACUGUGGUUUGCAAUCCCUGCAACAGGAGAUUUGGUCCAAACCGCGACAACAAUGCCCUGUCCUUAUAUCUCCAAUGUCGACCCUAGCCUAGUCCAACAAAUAUUACCACCAAAUGUACUUCCAAACAUAAAUGCAAAACCGUUCUUAUUCAACCCGCCGCCUAUAUACCAUCACCUCAUACAAAACUACGCCCCGACCACUAGAUUGCAAGUCGAUUACCUGCAGCAAGAAUACGCAGUCUUACAAAAUCGACUACAAAAGCGAGGAAUCAUAGAAGAUACCAUGCUCAAAAUCAAGGACGCUGGGAACUCCUUGAAAGAUUCUCUGUCCUCUAUCUACACCAAAACAACCGACAAAUUAACCGCCGGUGUAGAAAGCAUUAGAUGGUCCAUGAUUUCGCUCUUACCCUGGGUAACCAUUCCCACAUUGGUGAUCAUCAUUCUCAUUGCAUGUUGUGUCUGCUUCGUGAAGAUCUAUUUUAUACGCAAAGCCUCCAGUUCUGCCGCGUCCGCCAUGGUAGACUUAGCUAGCAGUCUCUCGAGGAAACGACUAGCUAGGCGUCAGCACGAAAUAAAUGCUCUUAUGGAAGAGCAAAACAACGGGAGUCAACCAAAUUCCCUUUUCGUGCCACGCAUCUACUCUAUCUUUUCGCAAGUCAAUUCCAUCAAAAGUCCAUUGCCAUACGUAAGGAUAACCCUCAACCGUUUCUCCACUCCAGCGCUCAUCGACAGCGGCGCUACAAUAUCUUAUAUGAAACAGUCCACGCUGUACGCGCUAGGACCCAAUGUCAACAUCGACAACAAUCACGUAAAAGCGCAAGCCGCCAAUGGAACUCAAAUAGAGCUCUUAGCAUCCGUAAUCGUAAAUGUCCAAGUAGGAACCCAUAUUAUACAACAUCGCUUCCUGGUGUCGCAAGAUUACCAGUGCCCAGCGCCAGUUCUUCUAGGAACUGAUUUCAUCAAGAAAUUGAACCAAUUAGGUCUCAAAGUAACUAUAGACCUACAUAAUAACCUACUUACGAUUGGUAGCGAUGCGCACGACAUGGUCCAAAUAAACGCCAUUAAUUUCCUUGAAGUCAAACCCAAUGAUGUACGACUCUCCCAAACGACCAUUCUGCUAAAAAGAUCCUCGUCUAUUGUGCCGGCGUACAUCGAUCCUUACGAUCCCAGCAACCUAUUUGACUUUAUAAUUGAAGACAACCACAGAGAUCUAGACCUUCUGUAUGUUGUUGGCCGAUCUCUAGUGAGCCCCAACCCGAACGGGGCAUGCCUCGUGAACAUCCUAAACCCAUCCAACACCGAUAUAAAGCUUUAUGGUCGUAUGAAAAUAGCUCACGCUACACCCGUAUCCUCUCCACUCGAACAGAUUCUCACAGUUCAAGGCGAAGGACUAAACGCUAUUACCAAACCCCAACAAUCCAUACUCCCUAAUAUCCAGGAUAUAAUCGAUCUAUGCGCAAACAACUGCCUAUACUCCUCCUUGGAUUUUCAACAAGGCUUCCACCAAAUUCCUCUAGAGGAAACCCAUUGCGAGAGAACCGCUUUCGCGUGCUUUCUCGGAGCAUUCGAGUACAUCAGAAUGCCAAUGGGAUUAAAAGGCGCCCCCGCAACCUUCCAGCGUAUAAUGGAUGAAUUCAAAAAACAUCUCAGAGCUCGAGUUUUUAUCUAUAUUGAUGACUUAAUAAUCACUUCCGAAACCCCCGACGAACACCUCAACGAUAUAGAUGAGGUGCUCACAAAAAUCGAACAGAUCGGAAUGAAGCUCAAAGCUUCUAAAUGCGAAUUUGCUCAGAAGGAAAUAAAAUUCCUAGGUUUCGUGUUAAGUAAAGAAGGUAUAAGACCUAACCCAGAGAAAACCCGAGCAAUUGACGACUAUCCAACUCCCAAAAAUCCCACCGAUAUCAAAGCCUUCCUAGGAAUGUGCUCAUUCUUUCGUAGAUUUGUCCAUAAUUUUGCGGCUAUCGCCUCACCCCUUACCGCAUUAACUAAGAAAGACGCACCAUUUAUAUGGACCCCCGAGUGUGAAAACGCGAUGCAGCAAUUAAAACAAGUACUCACCACUGCUCCAAUCCUGGUCGCACCAAGGCUAGGAUUGCCCUUCGUCAUCGAAACGGACAGCAGCGGCAAAGCAGUAGCCGGAGUCCUAAAACAAGAACAGGAUAACGAACUAAGAAUAAUUGCUUACGCCAGUCGCACCCUAAAUAGUCAUGAAUCCCGAUACCCCGCCAUAGAACUAGAAGCGCUAGGAGUAGUCUUCGCAGUGCAAAAGUUUCGCCCAUACAUUGAUGGAGCCAAAUGCACCGUAAUCACAGACCACGCCCCGCUCAAAGCACUUCUACAUCGGAAAGAUUUGAUUGGGAGACUAGCGAAGUACCAAGUAAUCCUACAAGAAUUUGACAUAACUAUCGUAUAUCGGCCCGGAAAAGCCAACAUUCUCUGCGAUACGCUGUCAAGGCACCCGCCCCAAGUAGCCGCCAUCUCUACCGAAGACAGUCCCAAUAUCAAUUUAUCCUCCCCAGAAUUCAUUGAAAAGAUCAGAGAGGAACAAAGAAAUUCCCCCUGGAUACUGUCCUAUAAACAGGCCAUAGAACUAGGCGAGUCUAACCCGCACACUCGCGAAUAUCUCAUCCUCAACGAUAUAUUGUAUAAACUACCAGAGAAAGUCUAUCAAGAUCCCCAGGUAACGUCCCCAGGGGACAUUUCUUCUGCUGAAACUCUUCUCGCUGUACCCAUAAUAUCUGAAUCAAACUCGAUUGUAUCCUAUUCCGUUUUUUCCCCUUCCCAAAUUAACGACUUCGGAAAUAUCACAAGCCCUUCUGGCAAUAUCGCAAAUCCUCCGGAAGGCAUCACUCCUUCCCAAGCUAACCAUCCUGACCGUACCAUAACCCCUCCGCAAGGAACCACUCCUUCCACUAUAGCCAUCCAUAUGCCAGAACCAGCCUCUCAACGCUUUUAUCGCCGUAGAAGACUCCUCACCACACCCAAACCUCUUAUCAAAAGGUCACUGUGCACUCCUACUCCACCACCGCGCAACUGGGAGAAACCUACUGGAGCUAUCCCAAGCUUAAUCAAACUAUGCCUUUCUCCAAGACCUCCGCCGCGAGACGAACGUCAAUUCUAUUAUAAGUUGAAACACGAAUACCGUGGACCCACACAACGACGCUGUUUCAACCCAAUCAUGACACCUCAAUGUCUCCUCUGUCAUCAAACUACCCAUCGUACGCGGGACUGUCAAUCACCCAUGAGUUUCCUUACUAGAGCCCGCAUACUUCUUAAAAAAUACAGGCUCUGUUCUCGCUGCCUCGAAGACCAUCCCUUAAAAGAAUGCACAGAAAACCCAAUGUGCUUCCGUUGCAAUGCCACUGGCCACGUUACCGCCAUUUGCCAAGACGCACCUGUAAAAUUUUUCUAG